AUGGUGCAAGCAGAUCAAGCUAAAAGAACCUCUAAAGCGGCUGCGCUUUCUGGCGCAAUGCUGACGCAUCGAAAAUCGUCAAGCACGGCGCAGUCGCAGUCGCAGAUACUGACGGCAGCUCAAGCGGUCAAAAGUCCUGGUUCUGUGGCUUUGAUUACUGAAAUGCUAUCGUUAGAUACAGCGAUUGCACGACAACGGAAUCCACCGAUAUUGCAAAAUGUUUGGGUAACUCGGAUCUUAAGGACCGCCUGCUUGCUUUCGAUGAUCUCAGUAUGCUUCCAUACGCCUUAUACAAUUUCUUUUUUUCCUCCAUUACACUAUAUAUUAUUUAUUGCCGAUUCGAUAGUAACAUUUAUUUUCUUCCUUGAAGCUCUUAUCAAGAUUGCAACGAAUGGGUUGCUGAAGGAUGAAUUUAGUUAUUUUCGUGAUCGAUGGUGCCAGUUCGAUUUCUCACUUUUGAUAUCACAUAUUGUUUCGUUAUGCCUUGAUGCGUUUGAAUUAGUUACCAUAUGGUUUCCGCAGUUAGGGUUUCGCUAUUAUCAGUGGUAUUCAGUAUUCCGAUCUCCUCGACCUUUCGUAAUGAUUCGAUUUAUAAGAUGUGUUCUCCGGUUCAAGUUGCCAAAAAACAGAAUUCAACAAAUUAUCAAACGUUCAUCGCAGCAAAUUCAAAACGUUACCAUAUUUUUUAUGUUCUUCAUGGCUUUUUAUGCUAUAAUGGGGGUUCAACUUUUUGGACGGAUGAACUAUCACUGUGUUUUAAAAGGCACAGACCCAUCAAACGUAACAAUUUUGGAUUUGGCUAUUCCUGACACUAUGUGUUCUGGGAAAGGAGGCGGAGGCUACGAAUGCCCGGAUAAUAUGGAAUGCAUGAAGCUUGAUAUGACUGCACAUGCGGAAGGGUUUUACGGGAUGUUUAAUGACUUCAGUACAAGUUUGUUCACCGUAUAUUUGGCGGCAUCACAAGAAGGAUGGGUAUAUGUUCUUUAUGAUUGUUUAGAUACGUUUCCGUCAUAUAUUGCUAUCUUUUACUUUGUCACGCUGAUUUUCUUCCUAGCGUGGUUGGUAAAGAAUGUUUUUAUCGCUGUUAUUACGGAGACUUUUGCUGAAAUUAGAGUUCAAGUAAGUGAAAUGUGGCAAACUCGGGAGGCAGUUACUGAAAAACACUUUACGCAGCGGCUUGAAAAAACAAGUAAUGGUUGGAAGUUAGUGGCUAUCGAUGCACAAAAAACGAGCGACAAAAACACUCCAAAAUUUUUACAUAAUAUUUUUCCACUCCAUCUGGUCCUUGCUCAGGUUUCGUGUUUCCGGAAGGAACUUCUGAAUUUAAAGCUGGACCGUUCUUUGGGGAGGGCUGAUGCUGGUGGCUUUCCCUGCUACGCUUCUAAAAGUGUUAUAACGGAACAUGACAUACAAAAAGUUACAAACCUGAAACUGUUCGUUUUUGAGGAGAAUUUGCGUUACUCAGGUUUAUUUGAAGGUGAAUGUGGAACUUCUCUAGCUUCUAGAUCUACGACGUUUCAAGUCACUGAAAUUUCACGGCUGUUUGUGUUAGCUUCUAAACUGGUUAAAUCUACGGUUUUCCAAAUAGGUAUGGUGAUCUUAAUAAUAUUAAAUGCGGGUUUAAAUGCCUUAAUCGUAUACAAGCACGAUGAAACGGAUGCGCAAAGGAAUUUAUACAUUUACUAUGCUGAGGUCGUCUUCACACUAUUUUUUUUUGAUCUUGAAUGCGUGCUGAAGAUUGUUGGCCUUGGGUGGCGUGGAUAUAUUGGACGUGGCCUUCAUAAACUUGAGCUUUUGCUAUGUAUCGGAAGCACUUUAAAUAUCAUUCAGCCAUUCUAUUCAAUGAAUAUUUUUACUUAUUUCCAAGUCUGUCGCAUUAUAAGGUUAAUAACUGCCUCACCAAUGCUUGAGGAUUUUGUCUACAAGAUCUUCGGUCCAGGAAGGAAACUUGGUGGUUUAAUCAUAUUUACAAUGGUUUUACUCAUUAUUACCUCCGCUGCUUCACUACAACUUUUUUGUUAUGUCCCAAAGUUGGACAAAUUUCGGACCUUUCCACAAGCGUUUAUGACAAUGUUUCAAAUAAUAACUCAGGAGGGCUGGACUGAAGUUGUAGUCGAAAUAUUACGCGCCACGAAUGAUAAAAUGGUUCCUUUCGUAGCAAUAUACUUCGUAGGGUAUCAUCUUUUCGUCACUCUUAUUGUGUUAUCACUUUUUGUUGCGGUUAUUCUCGAUAACUUAGAAAUGGAUGAGGAGUUGAAGCGUGUGAAACAGCUAAAGGCUAGAGAAGAAACAACUUGUAUGCGAACCACUUUACCGUGGCGUUUGCGGGUUUUUGAAAAAUUUCCUACCAGACCUCAAAUGGUUGAACUUCGAAAAGUGUCAAGUGAGUUUCCUUUACCGAAAGUGCGUGAGAGUUUUACGCGACAGUUCGCUGAUGAUGACUACAAAGAUGAACACCUUAAAUUGCUUUUUCGUAGUGCGGCUCAUCUUAGAACUACACGGUCGGAAAUGCGAUUACGACAGAUAGGUCAGAUAUCCUCAAAAUUGACUGUAGCGAGAAUCAUCGAGGAAUCAAACAACAGCAGAGCUCUGCUUUCCGACUCAAGUCGAUAUCUUGCGCAGCUUGGAAGGCCAUUGACUCGCAGUGUCAGGGAAAUGAGAUUCUCAUUUAGUCGACUCCGAAAUCGCAACUUAAAUUCAACGCAUAAAUUAAAGUCUGUAUAUGAACACCUGAAAGAGAAUGGUGACAUACGACCAGCAGAUUCGGCUCCUAAAAAGGACCUGAAACAGGGUGAAAUUGAUAUCAAGGCGUUUCAGCAAAAACGUCAGCAUGCAGAAAUAACGAGAAACCGCAUUGAGGAGGAUAUGAGAGAGAAUCAUCCUUUCUUUGAUCGGCCAUUGCUCAUUAUUGGACGUGAUUCGAAAAUUAGAAGACUGUGUCAAGAAAUUGUUUAUGCAAAGUAUUCUCCAGAAAAAAUUGAUGCUGUGACGGGAAAGCAGAUUCAGCGGAAUUAUAAGCAACUGCACGCUUUGGUUGGUUUACUAACAUAUUUGGACUGGGCGAUGGUUCUUGUCACGUGUUUCUCUUGUUUCUCAAUGCUUUUUGAGGGACCUUGGCCAGCCACUGGAGAGAACUUGAUAUUCAAUAAUUAUUACCUGCAGAUAUGUGAAUACCUUUUCGUCGUCUCGAUGACAUUUGAGCUGAUUGUUAAAAUCGUAGCAGAAGGUUUUAUUUUCACUCCCAAUGCAGUUGUUAAAGAUGUUGGUGGAGCUAUGACAAUGUUUAUUUACGUGACAAGUUUAAUUUAUCUGGUAUGGAUGCCGAAUCAUGUCGAAAUAAAUUCCCUGGCCCAGCUAAUGAUGAUUUUUCGCGCUAUGCGUCCACUUAGAAUAUACACUUUGGUCCCGCACAUUCGCAGGGUUGUUGUGGAACUUUGCAAAGGUUUUAAAGAGAUUUUGCUGGUGACAAUACUGCUGGUAGUUUUGAUGUUUAUUUUUGCAAGUUUUGCGGUACAAAUUGUCGGAGGAAAGUUGGCAGCUUGUAAUGAUCCUUCAGUGGCUUCACGCGAGAACUGUACGGGGAUAUUUGAGCAAAAGAUAUUUGUUACUCGUAUGGAAGUGUUUGGAAAAAAUGACGACGUAAUGCAUCCGAAAGUUUGGGUGCCAAGAGUUUGCGGAAUUAACGACUUCUCAAAAGAACCGAUGAUCUUUCAGUACCAGGGUCUUGCAGGAAAGCGAUUUCUGGAAAUUAGGCACGUUGAGCAGGAACCUGAUAUAUUAAUUCUGACCAUGCAUUACUUGGCAGUGAAUACAUUUUUCUAUAACAUCUUUUUGAAUUCUGUUGUACUGACCUGUGAAAUUCAAAAAUUUGUGAAGGAAAAUCCACGAAAUUUUAAUUUUGACCACAUUGGAAAUGCGAUGUUGGCGCUCUUUGAAACUUUGUCAUACAAAGGCUGGAAUGUGAUUCGCGAUAUUUUAUGGAUGCGACACGGACCGUGGGCUGUGCUCUUUAUUCAUAUUUACGUGUUUAUGGGGUGUAUGAUUGGCUUGACAUUGUUUGUUGGCGUUGUCAUCGCAAACUAUACGGAAAACCGGGGUACUGCUUUGCUCACUGUGGAUCAGCGUCGAUGGCACGACCUAAAAGCUCGUUUGAAAAUGGCACAACCUCUUCAUGUACCACCAAAACCAGCUGAGUCUUCAAAACUUCGCCGCGCUCUUUAUGAGAUUGCAUUAAGCAAAUGGUUUAAGCAGGCUUUCGCAACACUUGCUGUUGUUAAUUCAGCUACGCUUGCUUUCCCUUGGAAUGUUGAUGAAGAAAGGAAUAGCUUUAAAACUUUACUGUUUCUUACUGGGCUUUCUGCAAUUGCAAAUAUUCUUUUUACAGUUGAGGUUUUGUUGAAAAUGAUUGCAUUUACUUUUCGUGGGUUUUGGCAGUCUAGAAGGAACCGUAGGAAAACUACGCUGAAAAUGCUGAUGUUGACUGUGGUGAUGAGUAUGGUUCGCAGCUUGUUCAUCAUAUCAGCUAUGUUCCUCCUUGUUUUAUUUUACGCUUAUAUGGGCGUUGUCUUAUUUGGUAUGGUAAAAUACGGACAAGCAGUUUCAAAGCAUGUCAACUUUCGAAGUGGUAAAGAAGCGCUUGUUGUUUUGUUUCGAAGUGUGACUGGCGAAGACUGGAACGACAUAAUGCAUGACUGCAUGGUAGAACUAUUUUUGAUGGAGUUAUAA